AUGUCGAACGUCAGUCAAAAGGAAGAGCCAGCCACUGCUGCCUUGGAGCUGCGUUGUAAAAUAUGUCAACUGAUUGUACCAUGCGGCUGCUCCAGUAAGAAACGAAGUGCAUCCGAAUUGCAACUGUUAAACUCUGAAUUGUCCGAGAAGCAAGAACUGGCUGCCGAAACUGUACGCAGUAUGCAGAUGCAGAUGAGAAAAAAGUCUGCGAGGAAAGACAAUAGAAAAACUGAUGUACGGGAGAACAGAUCUGGAAGUAAGACUCUUGAGAAUUUUGUCGAAGAAACUGAAAAAAUGGUCGAACUUAACGCCGGCGGAGGCAAUUGGUUUGCAAAAGCUAGCAUUUUCAAAGUCAGUACGGAUAACAAACUCGCGUUGAAGCUGUACGGUAACAAAGCUGCUGUCGUAAUGGAGCAAAGACGGCAGGCACAGAAAGGGGACGGCGUCAUCCAUCCGUUCAGUACAUUUCGUUGGUACUGGGAUAUUGUUAUGGUUCUUCUCAUCACAUCGCACGUUUUUAUCUUACCCGUUAGUAUUGCAUUCUCCAACCAUGAGCUCUCGCCCGGUUGGAUUGUAAUGAAUUGCUUUUCUGAUGCGAUCUUUUUUGUGGACAUGCUACUCAACUUCCGAACGGGGAUCGUGGACUUCGAUCGACAAGAGGAAGUUAUCCUGGACAAGAAAAUCAUUCGGCAGCGCUACCUGCGCGGUUGGUUCAUCGUCGAUGCACUGUCGUCGAUACCCUUUGACUAUAUUUAUCUCAUUGUAUCCUCCUACUCUUCGGACGAAGCAAAUAAAGGGAUUCUACAGGCUUCUAGAAUACUUAGGAUGUUUAAGCUCACAAAGUUAUUAAGUCUAUUGAAACUUCUCAGAGUUUCGCGUAUUGUAAGGUAUAUUCAAGAACUUGAAGAGUUGUUGAACAUUCAAAGUGGUCAAAUGCGGAUCUUAAAGUUAAUUGGUACGAUGCUGCUGUUGUCUCAUUGGAAUGGUUGUAUACAGUUUCUUGUUCCGCGUCUUAUGGACUUUCCUAGUACUAGUUGGGUGACCAUUAAUGGCCUAACGGAUAAACCGCGUUUGGAUCAGUACAGCUGGUCAAUUUUUAACGCUAUGUCGCACAUGUUGUGUAUUGGUUAUGGUAAAUUUCCCCCAAACAAUACAGCUGAACUUUUUUUAACUAUGUGCAGCAUGACAAUUGGGGCUACGUUUUACGCUGUUUUUAUCGGAAUGAUGUCAACGUUGCUGAUGUCCAUUGACUCAUCAGGAAGACAGUACAAGGAGAAGUUGAAUCAAGUGGGUGAGUACAUGCGAUAUCGUAAGCUGCCGUUGCAAAUCAGGCGUCGCGUUCAAGACUUUUAUGAACAUCGCUAUCAUCAUAAAUUAUUCGACGAGGAUUCAAUUCUGAGAGAAUUAUCUUCUACCUUACGAGAGGAAAUACAAAUUCACAACGCUCGAUCGUUGAUCUCAUCGGUCCCAUUUUUUUCCGACUGUAGUGAAGAAUUCAUCACGCUUUGUGUCGGCCUUUUAAAAUUUGAAGUCUUUCUUCAGGGAGAUUUCAUCUUCAAGCGGGGUAGUAAGGGCGAUAAAAUGUAUUUUAUAGUACGUGGGAUUGUCGACAUCCUCACGAACGAUGGCUAUGUUGCGACCAGUUUAACAGACGGUUCACAUUUCGGAGAAAUAUCUUUGUUGAGAAAAAACAACCGUCGAACUGCAUCAUGUCGUGCAGCAACUAUGUUAGACGUGUAUUCUUUGACUUCUUCUGAUUUUAAUGCUGUACUGGAGGAUUUUCCCGCCAUGGGUAAAAUUCUUUCCGAUGUGGCUAUUGAAAGGUUACAAAGACUAGAUAAGUACAGUGAGGAAGCUACAAUAAAUCAAACGAAAAGAGAUUACAAGACAGAGAAAAUUACCUCAAACGAAACGGAAAGUUCUAAAAUGCAGAAAAAACGUUUAAUGGAAAUGAAAAUACCCACGCUUACGAGGGGGUUUAUACGCUCAAUGGCACCUACGCUUGGAGUAGCAACUUUGAACAAUUCCGAUAACUACAGUCUUUCGUCUACUGAUGAAACUGGUACGAAUGCUGGACCAUCUCAUGUCACAGAUGUCAAAAAACAGCAGAACAAGAGAAAUUCGUUCGUAAAAUUAUCUGAUAACGACGGGGACUGUAUUUGAUGUAUUUUUUUAAUACUGUCAAAUAAUAGUGCGAACGAAAUUAUAUGUACUUAAAACUUUUAGUUUUUGAAA